UUGGGUAGAUAGUUUAUUAGCUUAAGAAAUUUUCCUUGUACUUUUGAAAAUCAUGAAAGGAUGUCACAUUUUAUUCCCCCCUGCCACCUCCCUUUUUUUUGGUCAUUUGUUGAGCCAAAAUGAUCAUACAGCUUUUCUUCUUUAGUCUGUUAAGGUAAUAUAGUCCAUUAAUAUUUUUCCAAUUAACCAGUUAAUUAAUCAGUUUUCUAUGGUGAAUUGUUCUUGCAGUCCUAAUAUAAACCCUAAUUGGUUAUGAUGCAUUUUUCUUAUUAAUACUACUGGACUUCAUUUCAUCGUAUUUUAUGUAAGGUUUUUUCAUCUAUGUUUAUAGGUGAUAUUGAUGUAUCAUUUUCUUUUCUUGCAUGCUAUCUUCAUCAGGGUUUGUGAAUGUUCAUUUUCAAUUAAUUGCAUUGAUUUAAAGGAGCAGGCUAGGGGAGAGAAGUAGACAUGCUGAAGGAGCUCCAGGUCUCCCUGUUGAUCUUCCUACUGCUUGCCUGUGGCUUUCUGUACCAGCUGAUCCUGAAGUCCAGCAGCCUCUUCUCCUGCCUGCCUACCUACAAGUUCCCCCAGGGGCCCGAAGCCCUCCUGAGCCACCAACGCAGCAUUGUGUUCCUGGAGACCUCAGAGAGAAUGGAGCCACCCCCGCUCGUCUCCUGUGCUGUGGAGUCGGCUGCCAGGGUUUAUCCUGAGCAGCCUGUGGUGUUCUUUAUGAAGGGCCUCAACAAUUCCACACAGCUGCCCCCACAUGCCACUUACCCAGCGUUUUCCCUCCUCUCAGCAAUAGACAAUGUUUUCCUCUUCCCUUUGGAUAUGAAAAGGCUAUUUGAAGACACACCGCUGUUUUCAUGGUACACUCAAAUCAACACCAGCACAGAGAGAAACUGGCUCCAUGUCAGCUCAGAUGCGUCCCGCCUGGCCAUCAUCUGGAAAUACGGUGGCAUCUACAUGGACACCGAUGUCAUCUCCAUCAGGCCCAUCCCUGAGGAGAACUUUUUGGCUGCACAGGCCUCCCAGGACUCUAGUAAUGGGGUGUUCGGGUUUCUCCCCCACCACCCUUUUCUGUGGGAGUGCAUGGAAAACUUUGUUGAGCACUACAAUUCAGACAUUUGGGGCAACCAGGGCCCUUAUUUGAUGACGAGGAUGUUGAGGGUGUGGUGCAGACUUGGAAAUUUCCAGGAGGUGAGUGACCUCAGGUGUCUGAAUUUGUCCUUCCUACACCCGCAGAGAUUUUAUCCCAUCUCCUUCCGAGAGUGGAGGCGCUACUACUCUGUCUGGGACACAGAUCCGAGCUUCAAUGACUCCUAUGCCCUGCAUUUGUGGAACCACAUGAAUCAGGAGGGUAGGGUUGUGGUUAGAGGAAGCAAUACACUGGUGGAAAAUCUCUACCGCAAGCACUGUCCCACGACUUACAGGGACCUGAUUCAAGGCCCAGAGGAGUCAGUGACUGGGAACCUGGGUCUAGGCAACAAAUAGAGCCCAUGCUGGGUUGCUGCUGCAAUAGCAUGGGUUGGACACUGCCUGGAGUGCCACAUUUUCACCUGAUCUCCACUUUUGCGGGGGAGCUGGGGGCUUACCCACAUUUCCAUUAGGAUUAGGUUUCUCUGUCUAUAAUAAAAAAAAAUCCCAAAGAACAGCGGCUUAUAAAACACAGAAGCAUAUUUUAUCUCAUGUGAAAGAAGUCUGAAGGCAGACAGGUCACGGCUGACAUGCUAACUCUGCAGGCAUCAGGGGCCCAGGCUUCUUGCAUCUUUCUGCUUGUCACACUUAGUGUCCACGGCCCAUGGUCCCUGAUGGCUGCUUGACCUCCAGCCAUGCCUGCAUUCUAGGCUGCACGUUGAAGGGAGGAGGAAAGGUGAAAGCCCUUUAUUUUAUGAAGACUUCCCUGAAGUACCAUAUAAUUUCCCCUGACAUCUCACUGUCCAGAAUAUAGCUGCGAGAGACACUGGGAAGUUUAAGGAGAAAAAGAAAAUCGAUGCCUUGAUAGGCAGCUAGCAAUUUUGCUACAUGUUCUAUUUACUACUCUAAGAUUAAUUCCAGGACCUAUUAGAACAUUGACUGGGGUGGGGGGUUGGGAGGAAUUGGUUUCCAGUCCUGAUUUUGACAUACAUUCAAUCAGUAAAUAUUAAUUGAGUCCCUUCUGUGUGCCAAGCACUGUUUUUAAAAAAAAAAAAAAUAGGUACUGAAAAUAUAGCUGGAUCAAGAAGAUGAGGUUUCCAGCACUUAUAAUAACUAUCGCAUGCCCCUGGGACAGUCUUCUCCUCUUCCGUCGCUGUUUGUUAUUCCUUACCAUACUCUUUUCCAAAACACACACACAUU